CAGCCGGCGCGGGGCCUGGCGGGGCGCUGGGCCGCCGCGGCGGAGCGGAGCGGUGCCGGGCUGGGCGGAGCGGGGCCGGGAGUCGGAUUUAUGCGCUGCGAGAGGGUUCGGGACGGGCGGCUGGAGCGGCGGGCGGCGCCGGCUGGAGCAGCAUGGGUGUGAUAGGUGUACAGUUGGUGGUUACCAUGGUAAUGGCUAGUGUCAUACAGAAGAUCAUACCUCACUAUUCUCUUGCUCGUUGGCUUCUCUGUAGCGGCAGUUUACGAUGGUAUCAACAUCCUACUGAAGAAGAACUACGGAUUCUUGCGGGGAAACAAAGAGGGAAAAGCAAGAAAGAUAGCAGAAAGAAAAUGGGGAAUGAUGAGAUAGAUGUUCAUCAGCUUCAGCUGGAAACAAGAUUCUCACAUACAAUCAUGAAGGUCUCCAACAGACUUUCCAGAAGUAGAACUGCCCAAGAGCCAAGAGUGAUGAUGAGGAGCUUAAAAUAUAAUGGUCACAUUGAAAACAAGCCUUUAACCAUUCCAAAAGAUAUUGAUCUUCAUCUGGAAACGAAGUCUGUGACUGAAAGGGACACUAUUGCAUUACAUUACUUUCCUGAAUAUCAGUGGUUGGUGGAUUUCACUGUUGCAGCUACAGUUGUGUAUGUGGUGACUGAAGUGUAUUACAGCAUUGUGAAGCCCUCACAAGAAAUGAAUAUCAGUGUAGUGUGGUGUCUACUUGUCUUGGCUUUUGCAGUUAAGGUACUAUUUUCAUUGACCACUCAUUACUUCAAAGUAGAGGAAGGAGGUGAAAGAUCAGUCUGUGUCACAUUUGGCUUUUUCUUCUUUGUGAAAGCAAUGGCAAUUUUGAUUGUGACAGAAAACUAUCUAGAGUUUGGACUGGAAUCAGGAUUCUCAAAUUUCUCAGAAAGUGCAAUGCAGUUCCUUGAAAAGCAGGGUUUGGAAUCCCAGGGUCCUGUGUCUAAACUAACCUUCAAAUUGUUCCUGGCUGUUUUGUGUUCACUUAUUGGUGCUUUUUUGACAUUCCCUGGCUUGCGACUGGCUCAAAUGCAUCUGGAUGCUCUGAAUUUAGCAACAGAAAAAAUAACACAAACACUGCUACAUAUAAACUUCUUGGCACCUUUAUUUAUGGUUCUUCUAUGGGUAAAACCAAUCACUAAGGACUACAUUAUGAACCCACCUUUGGGCAAAGAGAGCAUACCUUUAAUGUCAGAAGACACAUUUGACACCAUGAGAUUGUGGAUUAUAAUCCUGCUGUGUGCUUUACGAUUGGCUAUGAUGCGCAGUCAUUUGCAGGCCUAUCUGAAUUUAGCUCAGAAAAGUGUGGAUCAAAUGAAAAAGGAAGCUGGCAGAAUAAGCACAGUGGAUUUACAAAAAAUGGUGGCUCGAGUAUUCUAUUACCUUUGUGUAAUUGCACUGCAGUAUGUUGCACCAUUGGUAAUGCUUCUUCACACGACUCUGCUUUUGAAAACACUAGGUAAUUAUUCUUGGGGCAUCUACCCGGAACUGAGUUCUAACACUCCAGUAGAAAACAGUUUGCUUCAUAAUUCAGCUUAUUCUGAAUCUGCACCUGCUGAUGGAAAGAUGAAAGUAACCGUAGUACAAAUAACAAUGGCUUUGGGAAGCCUAAAGAAUAUUUUCACUCCUCUCCUGUUUAGGGGACUCCUGUCGUUCCUUACCUGGUGGGUUGCUGCUUGCCUCUUUUCUACAAGCCUUUUUGGGCUUUUCUAUCACCAGUACCUGACUGUAGCAUGAACAGAUCAACUGAUAAGUAUGAAGUCAAAUUCCAGAUACAAACCCAGGUACCCAAGAGGAGGUGAAGAAAAAAAGAAGAAAGAUAUUUAUGAAGAGAAAACAUAUCAUAUUUUUAAAAAUCUUCCUCUGUGUUCUCAGGGUGAAUAUUCUUCAAAUGCUUAAAAUCACAACUGGGUUUGUUAGUUUUGUUACCCAAAUGGUAGGUAACUUAUUCAAUUCUAGUGGUAAGACUGAUAUUAUUAUGUGGCAGGCAUUGGUGUGCAUGUUUAAAAGUUACAACUUCAGAGUAUCUUGGUUUCCAUAAAGAGGAAGUUGCCUUCAACACUUAAAGAAUCAGCAGUCAGUAACUGAACUGUGUGAGUAGGUUCUGGUCAUGCUGAUGGUGGCUACUUGUUGAGUAUAAUAUUGAAACUGAGCCAUACAAUGGACAGAAAAAGGGGAUUUUAAAAAGUUCUGUUGGGUAUUUUUUGAUCACUUUUCAGCAUGAAAAAUGAAAUAAUCCAACAGGACAAAAGCAAUGCUGUAUAUUACAGUAAGGAAAGUUGUAUAAAAUUUCAAUUUAACAUAAGAAAAAUGUAUGGACCUGGCAGGUAUUGCUGCCUAAAUAUUAUGCAGGAAUGCUUGCACAGUGAAAGGAGAGUUAUAGAAAAAUAAAUAAAUAAAUUACUUCAGUCCAUAAGUCAUUUUGAAGUAAUGGCCAUUUGUAUUGGUGCUAAUUUUGAUCCACAGAUUCCAUUCGGAUCUUUUAAAAUUUUUCUUUUUAGAUAAUAGAUAAAAUUCCAUUGAAUUCACAAAAUAGUAUAAUUAGACUAGUGAUUCCAAUUAAACAUUUCAAAACAAUACAGUUUAAUCCUGCUGACUGAGAGUGUAUGUAUCUGUGAUGUACAUAUAUAUAUAUAUAUAUAUAUUAUAUAUGAAAUAUAUAAUAUAUAUGGAGUUAUAAAGUAUGGAAUCUUUAUUUUAAAUUACUGAAUGUAUAUUGCAGGGCCAUGGGAGAGGGAUAUAUAUGUAUCUAGUAAUUUCAAGAACCCAUUUGAAAUGAAAAUUAAAUUUUUUUGAAAGUUCAGUUGAAAGGGCUAUUUGUUUUUGGUGCCUCUACAAAGGUACUUAGCUCUACUAAAGAACUUAUGCUGUUCUGAAAGAAGAGAUCUGCUUCAUCUCUUAGUCUUGAAACUUCUGCUCUGUCAGAUCAUUUCCUUUAAUCAGUCUAAUUUGUGUUAACUUAGCCAUGCAGUAACAACUGGUAUCUCUUGGCUUCAGAAAUAAAUUUUCUGUGUAGUAAAACAGUUGUUGUAAGGAGGAACAAGCUUUAACUUCACAACUUUUGCUUAACUGGAGGGAUAGAGCCUGCAUAUCAAGCCAUUGUGAAACAAUGAUAGAUGAAGUUUUGGAUAUUUUGUGUGAUGGGAUAACAGGAUGAUUCAUAUGCAGUAGCUUUUUUUUUUAAAAAAAAAAAAAUAAUAAUAAUUCACUGUGCAGAGUUCAGUGCUUCUUUGACUAAUAUUGGCUAAUUUAUGUUACUGUUCUAUUUUUUUCUCUUUACUUUGUGUACCACUUUAGCAUAUAGUCAGCAUUUCUAAAUGAAAGAGUUUAACAAAUAUUAAAUAUGUUGCAAAAUUACCAUGUGGGAAAGCAAACUGCCAGUGAAUGCAGAAAAAUCAGAGUUUACACUGGUGAUAAACUGUCUUGCUAUGUCAAAUACCUUUUAAGCAUUUACUAACACUAGGCAAAGAUCUGCGUACACCAGCUAAUACCUACUGAAUGUGUUUGGGAUAUCUUGAGAACACCUUGCAUGACUUGACUGGUUUCAUUGCAGUAUAAUAUUUCAGUGCUACUGGUGCUCCAAGCUUUGUUUUUUUACACCAGCUUUCCAUCACUAACAAGGACAAAGAUUCAUCUGUGUAGAUUGGACUACAGUAUUUUACUUCAUAGAUUCAGGUCUUGAAAUAUUCCUAGGAUUUGUAUUUCAGAUGAAUAGAAUGAGAAAUUAUCACAGGUACAGUAAUACUAGAUCCAGUUUCUGUUAAUUCAAGAUAUUUCAUUAAUAUAAGAAUAAUGCAAGCAUCUAAGUCAUAGGUGGGUAUCCACCUUUAAUGUUUUAGUCAUUAAACUAGUAAAACAAUGAAGUACAAAUUGAUACUGAUUGUAAACUUGACCCAAAAAGCUCACUGCAUGAGAUUGUUGCAGUUGAAGGAUAGGAAAAAGAUGACUUCAAAAUAAUGCUGUUUCCUUUAGCAUGGUGUGUAUUCUUGGAAGCUCAUAGAUAGAAGAAACUAUGGUUACAUAAUACUGACUCCGGCAAAGGAUUGUGUGUAGCUCAGCUUUGCAGAGCUUUUGUUGAGGAAUCACACUGUUUUAUGUUUCAGAUAUCAUACAGUUCACAGUGAAAUAUGCACUGGUUGAUGCUACCAUUAAGAUCAGUGCUUCUGGUUGUUAUUGUUCUGUUGUUCCAUGGAAUGGGAAGGAUGACCCUCUGAUCAGCAGUUUGAUCUGAGUAGGAGGCAGUUUUCUUUGGUUUUAUUUAACCCGCACGUGAGGCUUACUGAAAACUGUAAUAUAGCAAUAAACGUCUUUGAACUUUUAGAUGAUAGUGAAAUGGGAUGAAGUAUAUUGCUAUAGUUGUGAGCAAUGCAUUUUAUAACUACCUUAUAUGACAUGCUCAGAAGUGACUUUUAAAAUAAAAUAGCAGCCUUGAUAGUUCUGACCUCCAUGUAUAUUAUAUAAAAUAAGAAGUAUCUGCUUACUUGUUCAGGAAGUUCCUCUAAAACAGCAGCUGGCAAAUGCGUCCCCCCUUACACCACCAUCCCCAGAGAGAUUUAUUGGCACUUUGUAGGGAAGAAGCAGCUUGCGAAAAUGGAAAAGCAGGUAGAAUAAGUCUGAAUUGCUAGUAAUUUUUAUUCAGGAUUCUUGCUUUUUCUUCACUGCCUACUUCAUUUUUGAGAGAGUUCAGAAGGAAAGAUGCCUUUGAAGUUCAGAUCUACCUUUAUCACUCUGGUAAUGUGACUUACUGGCCUGAUGCUUUUAUUCUUUUUUCUGUUCACAACUUUUCCCUUACAUUAGUUAUGAAGAACUGACCUAGCUAGAUUAGUUAACAUUUGUAUUUUGAUUAUUGUUUUGUGGGCUUGAAUUUAUUGGUCACUGCAGGACCAGUUCUUUAAAUAAUUUAAAUAAUUCCAAAGUCCAGCUGGAAUUUGAACAGAAUUACUAGUAGGUUAAAAACUCUUUUUCUAUUGCAGUUGUCCCUUCAGACAGAAAGUUAAGAUGGUAUUUAAUCCAUGUCUUCCAACAACAUUCAGGAUAGUCCAAGUGUAGCAUUUGGGCUAGAGAAGUUAAAUGGGAAAAGGAAGUGGGACUUGAACAAGCCUGCUUUUCCACUUUGCAAGCAGUGUUCUCAGGCAGCACUUGACCUUUGUUGAUCAUUUGAGGCUCUAGGAUUUUCCAGGUGUUGAAGGAACUGUGGCAGUUUUUUUCUCUUCUUGUUUUCUCUUGCAUGAGAAGCAAACAUGAGAAAAAGUAUUAAAUCAGUACAAGAGAAGAUCCUUUAUAGAGGGAUGUGCUUUAGAAAACUCAUUUCUAUGGCAGUUGUUCUUCCACUUCCUCUACCCACAAAUACUGGAAGGUAAGCAAAUAGAAAUGCGUAUUUACCUUUGUAAGUCAUUGUAAAGUCAUACUCACUACAAAAGAUGCCGUCAAGAUACAUCAUCUAUGCAAGUAGGUAGCAUAACUUUAAUGUGUAGAUAGGUAGUUAGUGCAGAGUUUUCAACUAACGUCAAAGAAGCAAUUAAAAUUAUUUUUAUUAUGCUGUACUGAAGUACAGCUGAAUUCUAAUAGAGGUCGUGGAUUGAAUAGAAAAUUUAAAAGUAUCUUACAUGAAAACGUGUAAGGCUUUUUGAAGGCUCUACAAGGUAAAAUGCCACGUGUGUUUUUAUUCUCAAAGGAUUGUUUUAGACAUUGUCUUGUUGGUUUUUUGGUUUUUUUUUUUUUGUUGUUGUUGGUUUAUUGUUGUUUUUUCCAAAGAGAUUUUGACUAGUUUUGAAAUGUUACAGUUUCGGUAUAUGACAAUCUGUGCCACAAAAAUUCACCCUACAGUUAAUGUUGUCCCUAACAAGAGUUAAGUUCAUAGUGCAAAUGGGCAAUCUUGAAUGAAAACAAGGCCACACAAAAUAGACUGUUCUCUUGGAGAAGUCUUUGCACUGUGGCCAAGUUCUAACGGAGGAAGUCAGUAGCAGGUCCCUUGGAUCGUAAAUCAUAUACUGGAGCUAAAUGCUUACCAUAAUGAGUAAGUAAGACUGUUAUUUUCAGCAUCUGAAUUCCAAGUCCAAAAUUCCAGAUGGUAAGUUAAGAGCAGUCUGGUAGUUGUUCUAAAGAGCAUCUAGGCAACACAUACCAAAUGCCAGAUCUAGUUAAGAACACUGAUGCAGGGAAGGCAGUCUACUGCAGAGUGAUUUCUGUGCAAUUUUUUCUUCAGAAAGAGCUGCCAUGAUUUAUGGUGCGGGUAGUGCAAGUCCUGAAUUGAUGGUAUAUCUAACCUUCGUUCUCAGUACUAGUCUGAAAGGUUUUCUGCUCUGUGGGAGAGAGAUUAUGAGGCCAAGAUGUUAUUCUGAGGCUGCUUUUACUGAAAUCUGUAUAUGCUGCACUUAACUUUUUCAAGUGUCUCACUGUGGAUUGCCAGGAGAGUAACGCUACGCUGGACACUUCAUGCCAGUGUACAUGUAUUUUUAUAACUUUAAUUUUAGUGGCAUUUUUAAUGGAAAUUAUUUUUAAUCCUGUUACCAUCAAUCAUAUUUUAAUUUUUUAAUUAAUAUCAGUGCCUGCAACUAGAAGUCAAAUACUUCUACACUCAACAUUUUUUAAAACUUGAUUUCCAGACUGGAGUGCUAGCAAGUAUGCAGUUUUAUAUUGAUCUGUGUAAUCCACCUGUAAAUAUCAAAUUUUUUUCACUUGAUGUCAAAACAUCAAGCAAUACUGAAGGAGAAGGUUCGGAUUUGCAGUAUUCAGCAGCAUUGUACCCUUAUGACUCUGCUAUUAAAACAAGCAGACACAAAAGCACAGGAAAACAAAAAAGUAGAUUUUAGAACUAGCUUUUUAUAAACUCUGUGGUAGUUUUUAUUUUAGUGAUGUGCUAAGUAUUUUUUAAAGCUUGGCUUAAGAUAUCAUAAAGUUAACUUUUUCUCUCUUUUCCUCUUUUCACUGUAUGUUCACAAAGAGAACUUUGCUUCCCUUAUAGCCCUAAUUUUCAAGAAUGAAUAUUUGUCUUACUUUAGAUUAAAAACCAGAAAAAAAUAAAUGCACACAAAAAAGAUUAUUUUGUAAUUGCAGUUCAUACCUAUGUCAGGAUGUGCCAACAAACAGUUUUUUGUUGUCUUCAGUCAUUCUCCUGUCCCACUGUUAUCUUUCCUAUGUGUUGUUAGUACAUAUGGUUUCCUAGGAAAAAGUCUGUAUAAGCAAUGCUAGGGCACUUUGUGUAAUGUUACAACUGUUCCAUGUAUGUGACUAAAUGCUAAUGUAAACAUGCUACUAAAUGAUUUAAGCCUAAAAAUUCCUACAAGAUGGGCUUGUUACAAAUCACGCAGGAAACACCCUCCAAGUUGUAAAUACUUGACUUCAAUGUCUCUGUUGUUGUGUUCGCGCAUAAAUUGUGUUGCUGUUCUGUCUUAAAUAUUUUGCUGUCUUUUUAAGAGAAAAGCACAUAGUACUGUAUGUUACUGAACAAAUCAGAGAAUAGAGGGACUCCCCAUCCGCCAUUUCACUAUUUGCCAAAUGGAAAAGACUCUUAUAUUUUUAAUGUAAAUUUUAGUUUCCUAUUACUGCUAAAUUACUUCUGAACUAUGAUUUUGUAGUUAAAGUUUUGCAAAAUAGUUCGAUUAGCAUGCUUUGUAGCGAAGGUGUUAUCAAACGGAUGUUGCAUUGUAUAGACCUCUCCUGACCAGUGUUGCACAUCGCCUGCUGUUUUAAAAACAAAUUCUCAUUUACUGUGUGCUUUUGGAGUUCGUCAGAAUUAGAGACAGGAGAGUGUAACACAAAUUAAAAGAGCUGAGAUGUUGUGUUUGGGGGAUUGCUGGCACUUUAAUUCUUUUUUUUUUUUUUUUUUUUUUUUUUUUUUUUUUUUUUUUUUAAGUCAGUGGGGAUAAUAUUUAGGUGCAAGUACUGCAAAUAAUAAACAAUCUAAAGAAAUAUUGUAUUCUUUUUGUGCACCGUAGACUAAAGUGCCUAACAUGGGUGGUCUGUAGAAGACAUGCAUUAAACUUCUUGCAUGUAUCUUUGUGGUCAUUUUGCUAAAUAGCAGGUCAGUGUUUGGAAAGAAAAUGCACAGACUGCUAGUCCUAAAAAUGGGGAUAUGAUAAAAACAUUCUUUCCGUACAGCUUUUGGCAUUUAGAAUGUCUGUAUAUUUACAGGUCAUUAUACACUGGAGGCAAGUAAGAUUUUGGAGAAAUCUUUUCCAUUUUUAUUACCUUAGUGAUAUAAUGUGACACCCCACUGCCAUAUGUACCUUCAGUUUUCAUCCUUUUUUGUGAUUCAAGGAAGGAACUGGCACAACUUGGAAACAGUUGACUUUAGCAAAGUUUUCUAGUGACACCCUUGAUUCUGCUCAUGCCCUGCUUCUGCAGCUAGCUUUGACCUGGAUAAGUAGCUCUGCUUGAGAUCAGAAAGACCACACUGAAAUUCAUCACACCUGUAUGGAUUUGGACUACAACAGAGGUGGAUUGUAGUAUAACUGUUUGGGACUGAGCGAAGAAGAGGCUCCAGUUAUAUUAGCCAUUUUGUAGAAUGCUUUUAGAGUAACUGAAUAGUAAACUCAUCUGUAGCUGUCUGCUACUUCCUUGCCUCUGAAAAUGGUGAGCAGUGAUAAUCCCCUGGUCUGAUGGGGGAGCUGAGAAGCUUGCCUUUGAGUAAAUUAUCUCCAAAAGUGAACUGCUUGUAAGCUGAAAUGUUGUAAUAGGUUUAAAUCUACCAAAGGAAGCCUUCCUCGAAAGGAAGCCUUAUAAAACCAUUUUGAGCUUUUAGCUCUGAGAAGUGGCUUUAGUAACCUACGCUGUAUGUAGUACACUGUUGGGAACACUUGCUCCAGUAAGUGCGCUAAGCGUUUCCUUACACUGUGUGUAAGAGAUGGUUGCUUGUUAUUUUACUGCAGAGCACUAAGAAGCUGGUUUUGUCUUGUUUGUAAGUGUUAGCAUAUACCAGGCAGCAUUUUUUUAAUGUAAGAAUAGUAAAAAUUGGUUUGUCAUCUAAAAACCUAAAACCUUUAACAUCAAUAAAUGCUGUGAGUUGAAGCAAGAUUAUGCUUUAUUAUUCCUCUAGUAAUUCUGGUGAAAUGCUAUAAUUUAUAUUUGUUUUUAUAAAGCACAUGUUACUGAAGUUAAAUUUGUGUUUGUUAGGUACUAGUGGUAACACCACAGCAAAUAAGAAAAACUGUGAUAUCUGCUGUGUAUUGAGUGCCCCAUCAACAUGCCUUUGUAAAGCAUUGAUCCGUGUGAGACAUUUAAUGUCUACUGCAGUUAUGCUAAUACAGUAUUUAGUAUCCCUACAUGUACUCUGCAUGUCUUUGCAUUUGUGCACUGUAGAAGGAUAAACUGUUUUUCAGUACUUACUCUAGGUUUAAAAAAGCUGACAUUAUUUUAUAUAGUAUUUCCCAUAUCCAAAAUAGGGCAAUUUCUGAAGCCAAAGAUCAAUAAAUGUUUAUUGUCUAUCAGUGUGGGCUUUUUUCCUAUUUUGUACAUCCCACUUGUUUAAAUGUAUAUCUCUAGACUUGCCAAGUGUAACCAAACUUACUGUUUCUGUACUAGCCUAAAUUAUCUUCUUUAGAAAUAUUUUCGUAUAUUGUUUCCCUCCUCAUUGCUUGGGGUGCAGCAGAAUAAUUUUCCCCCAUUCUUCCCCCACCAGCAUAAAUGCAGACUGUCUUAAUCAUUUGAGUAGCUAUUUACCCAUGAAGAAUCACUUUUCAGAUUUGCUUAAAACCACCAUGGUCUCUUCUAAUUGUGUCAUCAUGAUAGCACCAAGAAGCAGUAGGUCUGACGUGGGUUUUUGAAAAUAUUUUUGGAAUGUUGAACUUGGUUACACGUGAAUUUUUGUUCCAUUCAUGCACACAUUGCUACACACUAAAUGAAUGAUUCCAAGCUGCUUAGAUAGUUCUUCAGCAGCAAAACAUCCUUGACAAAACAGUUUCCUUUGAUCUACUAGCAAAGUUGUACAAAAAAGAAAA